UAUAAGGAAGUGAAUCCCCUUCACAACAGCAGAGUGUUUGCUGCUGCCUGAGAACAGUCGCUUAGACAGAGAAAACAUGAAAAUCUUUGUGGCAUUAGCGUGCUUACUGGCAGGCUGCCUGGCCCAGAGGCCUCACCCGUGCGAAAGUCCUCCUCUGCUGACAGGCGGGUUCUCUGUUUUUGCACAGAAUGAUGACCUGUUCGGACUGGGAAAAUACCUCUACGAUGCAAUUGGAGAACGGAUUCGGGUGUUUGAGUUGGUCACCCUGGACAACCAGACUUUCACCUAUGAUGUUCUUACGAACUAUAGAGAGCAAGUCUUGUAUCAGAUCAACGAAAAAGACAAAACCUGCCAGAAAAGCCCUCUGAAAGCAAACUUUAUGCCUUUGGGCGUCCCACCAGGCUCCUCUCUAGUGGCUCAGUCAGUCCUAGGUGACUCAUCUAGACCCGGGGAAGGACUCCUGGUCAACACCUGGACAGGAAAUCAGCCCAACAUAGGACGGUUCAUGACUACCGUUACUGAAUUUGGAUGCGUUCCCGUCACCUUUGUGUACCAACUCAAGCCUUAUGGAUGGAUGCAUGUAAGCUACUUCGACAACGUCAUCGGGAUCACAAACCCUGAUCAGCUCAACCCGCCAUCCUUCUGCUCGGAUGCGAACACGAUGACUCAUGAGGAGCCCGUUGACUUCAUGAGCUUGUUCCAACCAAAGAAUUAAAAGGUCCUCCUUUCACUUUCAGAUUCUUUUUGUAGGCUACAUCAAAGUUAAACUUUUCAUAAAUCUUUUUAACUCUGACAAUUUUCUUGAGAUUGAAUCUGACCAAGGGAAUGUUUCCAUCAUGACAGUAAAUUUAGAAAAAAAACUGAAAUGAAUCACCCGACUCUGCUGUUGGGAUUGUUCAGUUUCCACGAGGGAAUUAUUUCCUUUUUUCUCCUUACAAACAAACGAAUGAUAAUGUUACUGUCUGUUUGAUUUGCAAAUGUGACUUCAGCUUUCUUUAAAGCAUAAACAGUCAAGUUGUUAAACAGUAUUUGCUUCUUUCAAAAUAAAAAAAACAAAUCUGUAUUUCAUUGA